AUCUAUUGUGCCAACCCGGUUACAUGGCAAGGUCUUGGCUUACAAAUAACAUCAAGGGACGGCUAACUUUACGUUGCCCGCAUAAAUAAAGACAGUUAUAAGUAAAGAACCAGUUAGUUAUGAAAUCGUGCUUAGGAAUAAGGCGAUUUACAAUGCGAUAAAGCGUCAGUUUUCACACAGUCGCUGGACUGGACUCGCUUAACGUCAGCGUUAGGUGCCAUGCGCAGUUGAAUCUGAAUACUACAGUUUAAAUAGUUUCUUUGGAGUUAAAUAGUUUUGCGAAUUAAAUAGUCAGCUCACUUCAGUAGAGGGCAACGUAGUUUCCGAGGUCGAACAUGCUGAGCAGAGUUAAGAUGAAAGCACAGGUUUCAGAACUGAACAAAAAAAAAGGUAUUUAAAUGUUUUUUAACCCUUUAAAAACACAUAGCUGGUUUAAGUUGGAUUGACUUUGCGUUGACAUUCUGGGGCUGUCUCCUCUGGCUGUGGUGGAGACAGCACGCUUGAGCUGUUUGUGUUUGCUUCCCAGUCUCCCUACGGUCGCAGCGUCGUCCAGGCCGGCCGUUAUGCGCGGGGUCACCGCACACGAGGUGAGCCAAACGAUCACGCUCUACACGACAGAGAGGGCGGAGCCUUCAGAGGGCGGGGCCAACCCCCUGCUCCUCCUGUUCCCCUGGCUGGGGUCCCGCCCCCAGGCCGUGGCUAAGUACUGUGAGCCGUACCUAGCGGCGGGCUUCGACGCGCUGGUGGUGGAGAGCGGGGUCAGCCAGUUCCUCUGGCCCCGCUGGGGGCUGGAGUACGCGGCGACCGUCCUGGAGGUGCUGCAGAGAGACGGGUUCGACUCGCGACCCCUGCUGGUGCACGCCCUCUCCAUCGGGGGCUACACCUUCACCCAGCUGCUCGUCCACGUGUGCCGGGACAACCAGCGGUACCGGGGCCUGACCGACAGGAUCCGGGGUCAGAUCUAUGACAGCCUGGUGUGCGGGUCUCUGGAGCGAAUGGCAGCGGGCGUAGGAAAAAAUGUGUUCCCUUGGUGGGAGGGCCUGGUCACACAGGCCAGCCUCCUCUACUUCAGAGUCUUCAAGAGCUACACCGUCGACUACUUCAACGCCGGGGUCGACGUGUUCCUGAACAGCCCGGUCGCUGCGCCCGCCCUGUUCUUCUACUGCGAGAACGACGAGCUGUGCGACCAGGGGAAGAUGGAGGAGAUUAUCGAGUGCUGGCGGAGGCGGGGCGUGGCGGUGCAGACCAGGAAGUGGGCGGAGUCGACGCACGCCGCUAACCUCCACCGCCACCCUAAGGAGUACCUGUCCGCUCUGGACAACUUCCUGAAGUCUGUCGGAAUGACUUCCUCCAAAGCAAGCGUGGACUAAGAAAGGCCAUUCAACUUCCCUUCAAAUCAAGGCUUUCUGCUUUGUUUUCUUUCCCAAUACAAUACAUGUGUAGCUUGAAAAAGCAUGCCUUUCAGGUCAGCCUCUGAGCUGUCAUUUGACACCUUUAAUUAAGACUGUCGGUGUUCAGUAGCUUAUACAAAGAUUACUGAGAAAUAAAGACUGUAUCAUACAUCGUAUCGUUAAGCAGGUCCAUUUUUUACAUUAUGCUAUUGUCACUUAACAGACACACUUACCCAGUUUCAUCCAUUUAUACAGCUGGAUAUUUACUUAGGCAAUUGUGGGUUAAGCACCUUGCCCACAGGUACAACAGCAGCGCUCCAGUGGGGAAUCCAACCAGCAGUUUUUCGGUUACACACCACUGCCCAUGUUAGGGGUGUAGCAGAAGACACAGUGUACAUUGGCAUGUGAUCCUGUUUAAUUGGGCGGCAUUGCGGCAUAGUGAUAAGCAGUAGGGUUCUCAGCCAAAAGGUUGCAGGUUCAAUUCCCUGCUCGGGUAUUGCUAGUGUAGCCGAGUGUACCUGAGUUGUAAAGUUGUAGCCUGUAUAAGUUGCUCUUCUGCUAAAUGAUAUAAGAUAAGAGCAUCUGCUACAUGACAAUAAUGUAAUGCAAUGCAAUCAUCCUGUUUGAAAGUCAUUUACAUUGUGGGCACUGAAAACACCACAAAUACACUGAGUGUUAUCACACUUCAGUGGAUCAAAAGCAGCACUCUCAUGUAAUGCUGGUUCAGUUUUAGAUAUAUUUGCUGAGUAGUGUAUCAUACAGACAGGGUAUGAAAUGAACACAUUUUUGGUAUAUGUAUGUCCA